GUAACAAGGAUCUUAAAGAAAAGAAAGAAAUGAGGCGGUGGUGAUGCUGUUGCAGGGUGUUGCUCCGCCCUCCAAACUCGUCGGAGAAUUUUCUUCUUCUUCUUCUUCUUCUUUUUCUUCUUCUUGAAGUUUGCAUCUUUUUCCCUUUCAUUGGCCAUUCUUCCUCUGAGUUGAGAAUGGGUAAUGUGAACGUGCGUGGUUCUGAAGAAGAAGCAGAAGAAGCUUCUGCUGAUGGGAACGCCAUGCCUCACUCUCCUCCCACCAUCUCUCCCUUCGUAUUCACUCCUCAGCUUCCUGAGGCCCCGCUACAAACACCUGAGGAGAUACAUGUCCCCAGUUAUUCCUCGGUGGAGAUAACUUCAGGGUAUGAAGAUAUGUUCAGUGAACUGGGAAUUCCAACUAUGAUUACUUGGAGUUAUGGUGGAAAGGAAGUUUCUGCGGAGGGAUCGUGGGAUAAUUGGAAAACAAGAAUGCCCCUGCAGAGAUCAGGGAAAGACUUUGCAAUAAUGAAGGUAUUGCCAUCUGGGGUUUACCAGUACAGAUUUAUUGUGGAUGGAUUGAGGAGGUAUACUCCAGACUCGCCUUGGGCCCGUGAUGAUGCCGGGGAUGCUUACAACAUCUUGGACUUACAGGAUUAUGUUCCUGAAGAUAUUGGAAGCAUUUCCAGUUUUGAGCCUCCUCAAUCACCAGAGUCGAGCUAUGAUAACUUACAGCUUAGUUCCGAAGAUUAUGCUAAGGAGCCACCGUUGGUUCCCCCAUUCUUGCAAAUGACACUGCUCAAUGUGUCUGGAACAAAUAUGGAAAUCCAACCUCCUUUGUCAAGACCUCAACAUGGAGUUCUGAAUCAUCUUUACACGCAGAAAGGAAAGAGCAGUCCUGCAGUUGUUGGUCUUGGUACAACUCAUCGGUUUCUAGCCAAAUAUGUCACUGUGGUGCUGUACAAGUCGUUGUAAGUAAUGGCGCCAAUGGAGUAAGCAUCACCCCCUCCAAAGGACACCCCACAGUUUGCGAAGAUGGUGAUGAUGACAUGCUCCUUCAUGUUGAAGGGUCCAGGGUUUAAAGUGAAGCGCCACCCCAGAAAGCUGUACUCUUUGGAGGGAAGCGUGGACGCCAUGAACCUUCCUAUGGGAAGAACGGCGAUUUGCAUUAGAAUGGCAGAGAUGGUGAGUGGCUGAGUCCUGAAAGUAAAGAACGUGUUCAGGAAGAUUAGGAGCACGCAUGAUGCCAAUCCCAGAAACCAUGCCCGGAAAGUCAUCACCGGAACUGAUGGGUCGUCGGUUUCGGGCACCACCAGAGCCACCUCCUCCACUGGACAGCGCUCCGGCGGAGAAUCUCCGUUUUCGGCCUUUUCAGAGUCCGCCGUUGUGGUCUUGGACGCCGCCAUUGAGUGAAGGUAUGAAGGAGAUGGGAGAUGGAUAAACUGUAAGAAAAAACAGAGUGUUUUGUUAUCUGAGAGUGAGAGUUGCUCUGUUUGACAAAAUGUCACUCUAGGUACUCCUUAUAAAGGAGUGUGAGAUUUUAUGUGAUAUUCCCAAAGUGCCCCCAUUGUAAUGCUGUAAUUUUAUGUUAUUUUUCAUAA